GGAUGUGGUUGGCAGGAUCCUGAUGCAGUUAACUCGAGAGGUUUUUUUGUCACUAAUUAGAGGUGAUUGAGCCUGUGUUUUGAAUCAUGUCAGGAUCGAAUCAGUCUGUAACACAGAGCAGACUGCGUGCGGAGCAAAGAUUCCCCACUCACAGUCUGCCGCUUGCACUUCAUUUACCCAGGCCACACACGGAUAUCCGAGUUUCUGAGUUUCCCAGUCAUUCCAGGGAUUAUGGAUCCAUUUUAUCAGCUGGAAAUCUAACCCAUCAUCUUCGUCGGAGACCUUCCUUACUGUCAGAAUUCCAGCCAGGAGCUGACCGGAGCAUUGAGCAGCGGCAGAGACAUGAACCCCACAGCUACCUGCUGGGUGCCUGGGGGCAGCGAGAGGGAGCCUCUGCAGACGGCAAGCGCCUGAGGCGAGAUUUGCUGCAGGAUUCAUCACUGCGACCCUCAUCCCUCUUACCCCAGGACUCCCUCACCACUGCUGGGGAGCUCCUGAAGCAACAACUUGAAGCUGAGGUUGCAAGGCCAGUGAAACCUGAGAAUCCAGCUUCCCCACCUCCUGCUGAACAGCAACAUCGCAGUGUGGUGCAAAUCAUUUACGAUGAAAACAGGAAAAAAGCAGAAGCUGCUCACCGAACAUUCGAUCAACUGGGUCCUCACAUUGAACUGCCUUUAUAUAAUCAGCCAUCAGAUACCAAGCAGUAUCAUGAGAACAUUAGGAUAAACCAAAUGAUGAGGAAGCGGUUGAUUUUGUAUUUCAAACGGAGGAACCAUGCUCGGAAACAUUGGGAACAGAAAUUUUGUCAAAGGUAUGACCAGCUGAUGGAAGUCUGGGAAAAGAAGAUUGAACGCAUUGAGAGUAACCCACGGCGACGAGCCAAGGAAAACAAGGUGCGGGAAUACUAUGAGCGACAGUUUCCAGAGAUUCGCAAACAGCGAGAGCUGCAGGAACGAAUGCAAAGCAGGGUAGGACAGCGAGGCUGCACACUGUCAGCAACUGUGGCUCGGAGUGAGCAUGAAAUCUCUGAAAUUAUUGAUGGGCUUUCAGAACAAGAGAACACAGAGAAGCAGAUGCGACAAUUAGCUGUCGUUCCACCAAUGCUGUUCGAUGCAGACCAACAACGUGUUAAAUUUAUCAACAUGAAUGGGUUAAUGGAAGAUCCCAUGAAGGUGUACAAGGAACAGCAGCUUCUAAACCAUUGGGGAGACCAUGAAAAAGAGAUCUUCAGAGAAAAGUACAACUACAGGGUAAGGGUCCCUUCAAGUUCCAGCGAUUACUUUGCUGAGUUCAAAGUCCAGCGUUUUGCAACAACUCAUGUUAACCAGCAACAAAUGAGCAGAAACAUUCAGGAACACACUGCAGAUAAAGACAAAGAGCUUGAGAAAGAGCAGAGAGAAGAUCACAGAGAAAAGGACACUGAGGCCAGCAAAGAGGAACUAAUGAGUGAAAAGGAGAAGGAUAAAAGUGACACUUCAGCAGAGGAGAAUGAAGAAAAGGAAGUUUCCGUUUCCAAAGGUCGUCAGACAGCCAAUAGCCAAGGCCGGCGCAAGGGGAGAAUAACCCAUUCUGUGACCAGUGAGGCUGACCCUGAGGAGACUGCAGCCCCUCCAGCUGAAUCAGAUAGUGCCAUUAUACCAAGAGGACUCAUCAUCCCAGACUCAAGCCCACAGAGUGACAGGAACAACAGGUUUAAAGGGCAGAUGCUGUUUGAAUUCACACAGAGCACCAAGGGAAGAGAGUCUGAGCUAAAGCACAAGACUGUUACAAGAGCCAGUAUUACGGCUGCGAAAUCUUGUGAUGAGGUGCAGGCCAGCAUUACAUGUGGCUUUGAAAGAUACCUGAUGUCUUCCGAUCCAGUUGAAAGUUCUCGCUGGACAGAGGAAGAAAUGGAAGUUGCUAAAAAAGGUCUUGUUGAACAUGGCCGUGGCUGGGCAGCUAUUGCUAAGAUGGUGAGUUCCAAGACGGAGGCUCAGUGUAAAAAUUUCUACUUUAACUACAAGAGACGUCACAAUCUGGAUGCCCUCCUUCAGCAGCACAGACUGAGAAUGGAAGCAGAAAAGGUUGUGAAGAAGAAGAGGCAGAUCCCAGCAGCACAGGGAGAGGAAUCCUCAGCAACAUCUGCUGCUGAAGAUGAGGAUCUGGAAGCUUCUGGAACCAGUGGGAAUGAAGAAGAAAUGCGAGAAGAUGCAGAAGCAGGUAACAGGAGUUCAGACGCUGAGAGUGAAUCCUCAUCAACGUUGAGGAUAAAAACCAAGGAUACGAGCCUGGCUAAUCCUGAAAGGACAGGAGGAGAGGAUUCAGAGAAGGAUGAGAAUGAGGAUCCCAAGCCGCAGUAUUCCAUGGAAAAGCUCAAUUCUGAAGGAGACUGUAACGAGAAGGAGUGUGAGGGAAUGGAGACUGUUAACAUUAAGGCUGAACAAUCAGAGGACAAGACAAGUGAGAAUGGCCUCUCUGUGGCUGAACACUCUGGCAAUAAGGAAAGAACGCAAAGGCCAGAUGAAGAAACUGCACAAAUCUCAAAGGUCGGCUCAGAGAACGUGGUGGAGACUGAGGUUAACGACAGGUUAAACACGAACAGUGAUUCCAGUGCUACUUGUAGUGCUGAUGAGGUGGAGGACCAAGAUGCUUCAAGCAUAAGUAGGGGCCUGUCUCCCAGACCUCGUUUGUUAAACCUGACCUGUGAUGAGCGGAUGCAUUCUGACCCCCAGAAGCCUCUGGAAGUUGAAAAGUGGGAGAGCACAGCAGCAAACAUCCCAAACCUGACCCCUGCACUAUAUGAAUCACCCCAGGGCGAUGGAAGGUGGAAGAAUCAUCACAGGCUACUCCAGUUAGAAAGAGAGAGCUGGGAGAGAUCUAGUUCUCUCAGCAGAAACAAGAGCCUGCCCAAAGAAGUUUCAGAUUUCCAGCUGAGUCACCAAGUCCCGAUCAGUGUGUAUGAGGGUAAAUGGCCCUCUCAAUCAGAGCGAACACAUUACAUCACAGGACCCCCACCCCUCAUUCCAACAUCCAGGCAGCAGACUGGAGCUGAAUGUCAAGACCCCAUCACUCAGGGAGCUGCGAUCCCAUUGCUCAACACAGCUGCUUAUGGACCAGAGCGCGGUCAGGGUCACCAGACGACACUGCCCAUUGGCCUGCAGUGGUCAGUGGAUCCGUCCAGAGACGCAAUGAAACAGGAGCAAUUAUCGCCAGUGUCACAGAACAGCCCACCAGAUAGCAGAGGAACACAGACAGUUGAUAACAACUUCAUCAGCACAGCUUCACCCCUGUGCCUGGUUCAACCUGGAAGCAUCACACGAGGGACCCCUGGAGCAAGAUUUCCUUUGGAAUCAGCAGCUUCCUACCGAGGCUCAAUCACUCAGGUAAUCUCUGUUCAGAUCACAAUGAGGGAAUCUGUUGAAAAUGAACCUCCGCCCGCUUCACCAGUCACGCUUUUAAUUGUAAUUCUAGAUUCAAUCACUGAUGGCAAAAUUAUUUCCUUUUAUGCUAUUGUCCAGCUUCCUUUAAUAAUCUCAAGAUUACCUCGAUCACCAGCUGAUGGUCGGGCUGAGUGUGUGAGGAGAGAUUCUAAGCAGAUUAAGAGGGAAAGCUCACCGCCAAGAGGCACGUGCGAUGGACUGAAGCAGAGGAGCCGGGAUGGUCGUCUCCCAACUGUCAAGGAGGCAGGACGCUCGAUCCAUGAAAUCCCUCGACAGCGAUCCCACAGAACGCCAGAGACCUGCAUGUUAUCUAAAUGCAGCAUUGAGGACCCUGUCUCCCAGGGAGCUGCAGUAAAAUGUGAGAACACGUCUCCAACAGCUGGUAACAAGCAUACAAACCACUCACUGAGCAGCAGUUCCAGGAAGGUCUUUCACCCCAGGGAGCAGUUGGAUCUGACGCUUGAUGGUGGAAGAGGUAAAAUGGUUUCUCAGGAGCGAAAGGCCACUCCAACAUCCAGGGAAAUGUCUUCUGCUAAAUCCCCGCACAGAAUGAUCCCAGAGCACUUUGCACACAGCCAGUAUGAACAGCUGCUGGGGAGAAUGGCUGCAGCAGAUUUCUAUCAGAGUUCCGUUCCGCUGGGCGUUGAUACCACUGCCUUAGCCCGGGCAGUGCCGUUUGAUACAGCUGCUUACUGCCUCCCGAGAGCCCUGACUCCGGCAGGGUCUUACCCUCACCCAUAUGCCCCCCUCCUGCUUCGAGGCUGUCCUGAAGCUGCUGCUUUGGAAAACAGACAGACCAUCCUGAACGACUACAUCACGUCGCAGCAGAUGCAUCAUCCAGCGACGACGGCAGUGACACACCGUACUCAGCUGCUUCGGGGCCUGUCCCCUCGUGAACAGGCCCUCACUCUAGGCUAUUGUGCAAAUCCUCGAGAAGUGCUCAGCCUGGCACAGGUUCCUCAUUUCCCCGUCUUGGUGCAAACUCCUGCAGGGAGCAGCAAUACCCACCUCAGCCGCUUCGCAUACUUCCCAACAGAGGCUGCACAUUUCCACACACAACCUCAGUGCAAGGCAACACGUUCACCUGGGGGAGUCGCUGCUAUCAACAAAAUGACUGGUGCACAGAGCUUAGAGCGAGAUGGUGAGAUCGUGAGGGCUGUAGCCACCGGUGAACAUCGAGACACAUGGAGAGCUGGUUCCGAGGAAGGGAUUUGUCCAGCAGCACACCCUGAACCCCACACCCGUGGCCCCCCCUCGCCCCACACUCGUGCCCCCUCCUCGCCUCACACCCGUGCCCCCUCCUCACCCCACACUCAUGCCCCCACCUCACCUCUUACCCACCCCUCAUCCCACACACGCUCCCCUCUUACACAUGAAAAUAUACAGCAUCGACCCAGUGUUCUCCAGAACACCAGAAUCAAACAUGUUAUUACUUCCAUGGACUCAGCAAUGCCAUCGGUUCUGAGACAUGGAUCCUGUACCCCAUCACCAGGACGAUCUGCGACCCCCAUUCUCCCCCAGCAGUACCCCCCUAGUGCCACUGAGAGAGUUGCUACCUCACCCCCAGCUCGUUCUUGGCUCAGGGACAGCAGGACAGAGAGCCACAGAAUGGAGGGCUUCCUCCCUGCCCGGCAACCAGCUUCAGACUGGUCUGGGCACUGUGGCAUUAACAGCAGGACAAUCCUGGUCGGUCAGUAUAACUCCAGUCCAGAGAAACAACACUCUGCAGAACCAUGUGUCAUCACUGCCUUGAGCCAGCGAUGUAAGGAAAAGGACGUAAAUCAACCACAGUCCACCCGGGAACAGGAGCAGGAGGAAUUUCAUCCUCAGUUAGUCGCUGUAUCUGAGAGUCCAGUCCAACAUCUCAACAGUGUUGCUGAAGCUGUCCAACAUCCUCCCAGUCAGUUCCCAAGGGGACAGCAACGCUUUGUGACCCUUGCUCAGCAUAUUGAUGAGGUAAUCACUCAGGAUUAUACUCGCAAUCAUCCUCAGCAGCUAAGCUGUCAGGCAGGUCUGCAUCCACAAAAAUAUCCUAUUCAACAGCUGAUGACCUCAACACCCCAACAGCAUUAUGGGCACCCAGGCAGAAUGAUAUUGGAGUCACCUGGAGACAAAGACAGUGCAAGGCCAGCAGAGUCCCCUGUCUCAGUGGCUCCAAGUGAGCCUGGAUCCUCAGGGAGAAACCAGGCAGAGUCAGAGAAUCUCACAGAUCCUGCACGAUACAGGGACGUGGAGCCUGAGCAAAGGAUGGGGACUCCAUCUCCAGGCAGUGGGAGCCAGCCUCCUGCCUUCUUCAGCAAACUCACUGAGAGCACCUCGCACAUGGUCAAAACCAAAAAGCAGGAAAUCAUCAAGACUUUGACAGCAGGCAGGGAAGGCCCAGUCGACAGCAAGAACAAUAUCGGGCAGCCAGGAACUGAGAUGUUCAAUUUGCCAGCAAUGACACCAACAGGAUCAGCAAGUUCCCGGAGCCAGUCAGUGACAGAUCAUUCCACGAACAAAAUGGGAUUGGAGGAUAUUAUUAGAAAGGCUUUAAUGGGCAGGUACGAUGACCACGGCCGGGAGAGGCCAGCAGGCAGUGCAGCUGGUGCUUACCCUCUCGCAAUCAGUGCCAGCUCCAAUACUGUGGCUCGAGGACAAAGUGCGGACAACCAGAGCGUCCCCUCAACAGGUGGAGGCAAGUUAAAGCUUGGUGUUCAGUCCAAAGGCAGGAAAUCCAGGUCCCCAGUCCCUGGUCUGGCCUAUUGUGAGAGGCCAACGUCAGCACAUUCAGACUCAGACUGUCACAGACGGAGUCCAUUAACACAGCAAGUGUGGGAGAACAGACCAUCAUCCACAGGUUCUGCUCCGUUUCCCUACAACGCUCUGACAGCGAGACUCCCACCAGGCCUUCUGUCAACAUCAUUGGCUCCACGCUCUGUGCUAGUCCCGAUGCUGCAGCAGCAGCACUGGGAGAGGGAGCCAUUGCUGUCUGCUCAGUAUGAAACCCUGUCUGACAGCGAAUGAACUGCAGAGACCUGGUGCUGUAUAAUGGAGACAGUGCCUAUCCUCACUUCAAACAGACCCUCUCCCUGAAUACUGACUGCAUGAAACCACACAUUGAUCGCUAUUUUAAGGCAAUUUACUGUUGUACAUCCGGAAGCUGCGAUAAAUAUCCUUCUCUAACUUCACCUUUUCACAAAGCAAUGUUUAUUUUUAUUUUUUUUUAUUUAGUAAUCUUAAAUUGCCUUUUAACCUAUCACUUUGUUUCUCUGACUUUAUUAAAAAUGAAUUUAGACAA